AUGGCCUCUUUUGCUUCUUCACAUUUUGUUCAACUUGUUCUUUUAGUCUCUAUUAUUCAAUGCAGUUCAGCAGCAAGGAGACUCUCCGAGUCAGGUCAAACCCAAGAACCGUUGUUGUUUCAAUACCAUAAUGGCCCUCUUCUUGCAGGUAAAAUUUCUAUCAAUUUGAUCUGGUAUGGCAAGUUCAAGCCAUCUCAGCGUGCCAUUGUCUCAGAUUUUAUUGCCUCGGUCUCUUCUACAAAACCCACAGCAGCCCAAUCCUCUGUUGCCACGUGGUGGAAAGCUACAGAGACAUAUUAUAACCUUAUCACAUCUAAGAAAACCUCUCCUCUCGUUCUCUCUUUAGGAUCACAAAUUUUAGACGAGAGCUAUUCAUUAGGGAAAUCGCUGUCUAACAAGCAAAUUGUGCAAUUAGCAUCAAAUGGUGGUCAAAAGGAUGCAAUCAACGUUGUCUUGACAUCAUCCGAUGUUGCUGUUGAAGGGUUUUGCUCUAGUAAAUGUGGCACUCAUGGGUCUUCUUUAAGUGCUAAAAACAUCAAUGGCAAGAGAUCUAGAUUUGCCUACAUUUGGGUUGGUAACUCUGAGACUCAAUGCCCCGGUCAUUGUGCGUGGCCAUUCCAUCAGCCAAUGUAUGGACCACAGAACCCUCCAUUGAUUGCUCCCAACAAUGAUGUGGGUCUUGAUGGUAUGGUUAUCAGUUUGGCCAGUCUUUUGGCUGGGACUGCAACAAAUCCAUUUGGAAAUGGGUAUUUCCAGGGUCCAAAGGAGGCUCCUCUUGAGGCUGCAUCUGCUUGUCCUGGGGUUUUUGGCAAGGGUGCCUAUCCGGGUUAUGCUGGGGAUUUGUUAGUGGACUCGACAACUGGUGCUAGCUAUAAUGCUCAUGGUGUUAAUGGAAGGAAAUACAUGCUUCCUGCUUUAUUUGACCCUUCAACUUCAACUUGUUCCACUGUAGUCUGA